UCUGCGGCUGCCAUGGCCCACUGUGGAGCGGGAGGCGCUGCCCCGGCGGGCCUUCUGAGGUCCCCGGGGCUUGGCAGGAAGGGGCUGCCCAGGAAGGGGCCCGGGGAGCGGCGCCGGCUGAAGGCGGUGGUGUCGGAGCAGCUCAGCCGCGACGUGCUCAGGCUUUUAAGGGAGGAAAUCCAUACAGACACCAUUCUUUCUGUCAGCGGCUCGCUGUUCAAAGUGCACAGGGCAGUGUUGUUAGCCAGAGCUCCCAGCUUUCAUUCCCAUAUCAUUGAACACACAUCAAGUGACCUAACAAAUGAGCUUGUUCCUGUGGAUGGUGUUGAAGCUUCAGAAUUUAAAGCAUUUUUACAGAUUGUAUAUUCAUCAAACAAAAGCAUAAAAAGCUAUGAAGAGGAAAUUGUUAAAAAGCUGAAAGUGGGAAGCUUAAUGCCAGAAAAGGGGCCAGAUGUCAGCUUCCCGCAGUAUAGAACUUCAUCUGACCGUUUUCUUGGGAAAGGCGAAAUUCCAGAGGAUAUUACUGGUGGAGGUGACAGCUUUAUUUCCAAGGAUGAUUAUGACUUGGAGCCUGCGUCUGAAUUAGGAGGAGAUUUGUUGAAGCUUUACACGAAUCAGUAUUACCCUGACAUUGACAUUUGUGUUGAUGGGAAAAGCUUCAGAGCUCACAGGGCCAUUUUAAGUGCCAGGUCGAGUUAUUUUGCCGCAAUGCUGAGUGGCUGCUGGGCUGAAAGCUCACAAGAGUGUGUUACUCUUCAAGGUAUAACCCAUGUAGAAAUGAAUGUUAUGAUGCACUUUAUAUAUGGAGGAACUUUGGAUUUUCCAGAAAAGGCUAAUGUUGGUCAGAUACUGAACGUGGCUGAUAUGUAUGGACUGGAAGGAUUAAGAGAAGUAGCAAUCUAUAUUUUAAGAAGAGAUUACUGUAAUUUCUUUCAGAAGCCUGUUCCCAGAACGUGGGCAUCGAUUCUAGAAUGCUUAAUCAUUGCUCAUUCAGUCAGAGUGGAAAGCCUUUUUGCUGACUGCAUGAACUGUGUUAUAAGCCAUUUUGCAAGGUUUUGGUCGGAGAGAAGCUUUGCAAAUGUUCCUCCUGAGAUUCAGAAAAUGUGUCUCAGUAUGCAGAUUCAGUCCUUAAAUCAUGGGAAUGCUGCUUUUCUUCUAAUGGAAAGUGACAGGCUGAUCAUGGGUUUACCCAGAGUAAAGUGGACAGAAGCAGCCCUGUCGAUGGCAUCUCAGCUCCAAGAAGAGUGUGUGUCGUUUAUUGUAGAAAACUUCUCUCGGAUCAUUGAGAGUGAGAACUUCACUCUUCUCUUGCAGUCACAAGCAAUGAGCAGCACAGCUCAUCUGUUGGACAAAAUUUUUAAAGCAAUUGAAGACGGUAUUACUGCUGAGAACAGUUGCUCUCUCCUUAUGGCUCUGGACACCUUACUGAACUCUGAAAGCACAAAGGAAAUGGGCUUUACGUGCAGGAUCCAAGCUGUGCGUGAUAAGCUGUGGACCUUCCUGGUUCAGUCUUUCUAUGCUGUUCGUCACACAGAAAGCUGGAAACUGAUGCACUUAGAUGAUCAGCAGAAAAUCCAAGCAGCUGCACUUGACAAAGGUGAUGACCGCAGACUUGGCAGGAGACCUGUGCUCACCAGCUCUCAGCAAAGGAGGCAAGGCUCUGAUGUUGAUGUUAUAAAAAUAAAACCUUGGACGGAAAAUAACAAAAAAACGUGUCGGACCUUCCUCUCUACUAAUCAGAAGAUGAGAUCUGAUGGAUUGGGAGCGUCAGGACAUGCAUCAAGCACUAACAGAAACAGUAUAAAUAAAGUGUCCAAGCAUGGUGACAGUACAAAAACGUCCAAAGUUAUGAAAGAGAUGAAAACUGGGGGAAAAUGUGUCUCUGGCAAGUCUAAAACUAUGGUAAAACCCCAAACAGAAAACGGUGAUCAUACAAAGAUAGAAGGUCUGUCAUCCACUGUUGUGGGAAGACCACCAGCAAGAGUGGCAGCAGCCGGACGGAAGGACCCAGUACAUGGAAAAGGAGCCCAGAACCAAGAAGGGGAGACCACAGGGGCCAGACCCAAGGUGCUCACUGCAGACCUGAAUGUGCAAGCCAGAGCCAAGCCUUUGCAAACACCGAGAGGAAAAGAUUCUCUAUACCCCACCUCUAUAGGGCCCUCCAGUAGAUCUACACAUUCCAGCAUGGAGCUUCUGGCUUCCACGGGCUCUGUGGAUGAGACAAAGGAAAAUGGAUCAGUAGAGAACAAGUCUCGUGAUGGGAAGCCAUACGUUAGUGAUUCCCCAGGACAGAUGGUGAGCAAUGGAGUAAUGUCAACUGCAGCAGUAAAGUCUCAACCAGUUUCAAGAGUUACCAAUGGAGCAGCCAAUAAAAAAAGCUUUAUUCAUGAACAAGACUCUCACGUGAAAAGCAGUGUGAUAAAAGGAGGGCAUGGCAAAGGACUUAGUGACUCAGCACCACAGACAGCUGCGAAGAAAAGAGGGAGCGGCAGUGGGUACACAGCAGCUCAGCCACGGACAAAGAGUGCCCCGCCCACCCUGCCUCAAGCCCAAGGAUCCCAAGGGGAGUCGCCACACUCUGUAAAAUCUUCAGUCUCUUCAAGGCAGUCUGGUGAAAAUGUAACAAGGUUGAGGCAUGGAACAGAUAAGCAGAUACCUAAGAGAAAAGUCAUCAAGCAAGGACACACAGCUUUGCAGAAGGUUAACGCAAAGAUGGUACCAAUGCCUAGAAACCCAAGUCAGCCCAAGAAAGGUGGAGCUGUGAACAGCAAAGAUUCAAAGCAAAAAGUGCUUCCUGGACACACUGUGCUGCCAAGUCAGGCUCCUCAGCGGCCUGCCAAGCCUGAGGCUCCUCAGCGCUCUUCCAAGCCUGAGGUAGCUGAGGCAAGAGUGCUUCAUGGUGUGAGCGACAGCAGGAACCAUGUCUUUAAACAGAGGCCUCACGAGUCCCCAGUUACCCUUGCUUGUGACACCAGUCGUCCUGAAGUGUCCCAGAUGCCUUGCAGACCUCGGCCACAAAGUUCAUUAGCCAGUCAAGAGGAAAAGGGACUGGAGCUAGCAUGCCAAGAUAGGUCAACCCUGGGUGACUCAGUGACACGUGAGCUGAGGUCAGAACUGACUGGCAUAGAGCAGAGUCACACAUCCGCUUACAAAGACUCGAAUCAGUGCAAUGGGAAUCCAAACUGUGCAAGCCUUGCUGCUCUGAAUUCUGUGAUUUCAAAUCCAAAAGAAAACUUGAUAAACUCUAACACAGUUCGUAAUUCAAACUCAGCAAAUAUAGAGCAAGUCUGUUUAUCAGACAGAGAGAGAGAAACAGGGAGAAAAAACACAGACACUGAACCAAGUAUGAAUUGCAUAAAUGGGAAAGCUUUACUGUGUGUUCCUGAAGGGACAAGUAGUACCCUAAACUCUACUCAAGAUGACAGAAGAAUCACAUUUCAUGUAGCAGCUCAAAGCCAGUUACCUGACGACUGUGCUACAGAGGACAGUAAAUGUGCUACAGUCACCUCAGCUGUUUCUUCCAAAUGUCCUUUGGGACAACCAUCAGAAAAAGAUUGUAAAAAUAUGGAAACAUCAGAAACCCCAGAGAGCCAUGAAACUCCAGAAGUUCCAUUCAUGGGUCACUGGGAUUUGAAUGCCAGUGCCACACAUCAAAGAGAGAGUCCAGAAUCCGACACUGGUAGUGCUACCACAUCUUCAGACGACAUAAAGCCCCGCUCAGAAGACUAUGACGCUGGGGGGUCUCAGGAUGACGAGGGCUCACACGACAGAGGCAUCUCCAAGUGCAGCACAGCGCUGUGCCAUGACUUCCUUGGGAGAAGCAGCAGUGACACCAGCACCCCUGAAGAGUUGAAGGUGCACGAAGGUGACCUCAGAACUGAAGUCAGAGUGAGAAAGCAGGGUGGGGGUGACCACCAGAUCCACUCAGCAAGUGAUGACGAGAUCCCUAGGAAGAAGCCAGAGCCUUGGUCUCGAUCCACACCAGUCUAUCCCAGGGAGAAGGGAAGUGCUCCUCGAGGUAGCAUUCCAUCUGCUCAGGAAGUAGACCAGGUUUCUUCUUCCGCAGAUGAAACAGAAGAUGAAAGAUCCGAAGCAGAAAAUGUUGGGGAAAAUUCCUCUCCAUCCAACUCAGGUACUCAGCACGUUCAGGGAAUAAUUAACUUAGCUUUUGACGAUGGAACUGAACAUGAAAGUCGUGAGUUUUCUGCAACUAAAAAGUUUAGAAGGUCAGUGUUGCUCUCGGUAGAUGAGUGUGAAGAAGUGGGAUCUGAUGAAGGUGAAGGCCACACCCCCUUUCAGCCUUCCCUAGAUUCUCUUUCACCUUCUGAUGUUUUUGAUGGUGUUUCUUAUGAGCAUCAUGGAAGGACAGGUUACUCUAGAUUUUUCAAAGAAAAUGAAGCUACUACUACAGAGCAUAAACACAAUAAUGGCAAUGGUGGGUGUAAAAAUGAAAGCUUUCUCCUGAAUUCUAGAAGCAAAGACUUCACAAGACAAGAUAAACAGUGUGUCUCAACAGAUCAAAAGACCAGGUUAGAUGUCCCACCCAAAGGAAGCCAACCGCUUUUUCUGGAAGAUGAAGAAGUGAUUAAUAAACGUGAGGCAGCUCACAACUUUCAGCAGCAUAGUACAUUCAUGGAUGGGGACACCAAGUCUCAAGAACGACCCUGUCAUUUGGAGCUCCAUCAGAGAGAACUCAGCUCCAACAUACCAAAGAUCAGCUCAGUGAAAUCUCUAGACUCCUGUCUCAGCCAGGGGCUGCCUCAGGAAGGGCAAGCGAAAGAGAGCCGUCCCACGCCUCCCAAGGGAGCUAAUAACGCUGUGUUCUCAGGAGACAUAGAUGAUUGUGAUACAAUGGCACAAACCUCCAUGUAUGACCACCGGCCUUCAAAAACCCUCUCUCCAAUAUAUGAGAUGUCUCUAACAGCAGCGUGUGAGCAGGAAGCGGAGUCAGAAACCCAUGUUGCAGACAGGGGCUCUGAAGAUGAGCAGCACUUUGCAAAGCAGGACUGGACACUGUUGAGGCAGCUGCUUUCUGAACAAGACGCAAACUUAAAUAUCACAAGCUCUCUGCCCGAAGACCUAAGCUUAGCCCAGUAUUUAAUCAACCAGACACUCCUCUUAGCUCGAGAUAGCUCGAAACCUCAGGGUUCAGCACACGCUGACACUUGGAAUAGGUGGAGUGAACUGUCGUCCCCACUCGAUGAUUCGGCAACAAGUGCCACCAUGGCUAGUGUUUCUUCCACAGAUUGUUCACCUCAAGGGGAGUGGACAAUCCUAGAAUUGGAAACUCAGCAUUAGAAGUCUCAACAGUUGGGAAAGAUUUAGACUAUGCCACCCCUGUAUUUUUGAUGCCUACUUGAUAUUUAAAUUAUAAUUUAGUUAGCCAAAUAUAGACUGUCCUUAAAUUGAUGGAGUCUUUUAAUUUAUUGAGGUAAAUAUAGCUUAUUUAUUAAUAUGAUGUCUCAUAUUUUGAAAAUGUUUUUCUAAAUUUAUGAGCAUGUUUUCUACAUCAAUUAGAUUAGAAGGCGGAAAAUAGUCUUUGCUACAGUUUUCUUUCCUACCUAAUAAUUUGUUCAUUUAUUUAAGAAUUUCCAUGUCAGCACACAAGUAGAUUAACCCCUUACUCUUGACUCUGCAUAUGGUACCAUAAUAAUUUAACAAUAAACUUACUGUGUGAGUAUGCACCA